AUGAACUCUGACGAGACAGAUAACGUGAUGAGCGAGUACAUCAAGAGGCACCAUAGACACGAGCUUCUGGAGAAUCAGUGUAGCUCGACGCUCGUCAAACACAUCAAAUCUCCUCUUCAUCUCGUGUGGUCUCUUGUGAGGAGAUUCGACCAACCACAAAAAUACAAGCCAUUUAUCAGUAACUGUGUGGUGAAAGGGAAGCUUGAGAUUGGUACAGUGAGAGAAGUUGCUGUGAAAUCUGGACUUCCAGCUACUAAAAGCACUGAGAGACUUGAGUAUCUCGAUGACAAUCAACAUAUCCUCCAAAUCAGAAUCGUCGGUGGUGAUCAUAGACUCAAGAACUAUUCAUCCAUCAUUUCGUUACAUCCUGAGAUAAUAGACGGAAGAACAGGGACGUUGGUGAUCGAGUCGUUUGCGGUGGAUGUGCCUGAAGGUAACACGAAGGAGGAGACUUGUGUCUUUGUGGAGGCUCUGAUUCAAUGCAAUCUCAAAUCUUUGGCAGAUGUCUGUGAGCGUCUUGGAUCAGAAUCUAUGAUGGAGAGAGAGGAGAGUGAUGACUAA